AUGGAGGUGUUUGGCCGAAUAGGUUGCUGUCAACAUGACCCUUUCAAUGGUAUUUCAGUGAACCUUGUGCCAUUCGGACCGGAAUCCGGAGAUCUCAAAGUGAACCCAGGCAUGCUUACCGCUGGUCAGACGAUAGACCUGCAUAUGUUUUUUCCGUUUUAUGGUGGAUUAUACAACUACACUACUAUCUCAGUUAACGGAUAUCUCGCUUUCGCUACUGUACUAGAUCAAGGGCCAACAAUCAACGUGGGACCCGAAAGCACGGAUUGGCCGCGGCAGCAGGACCCGGCAAUGAUUGCACCAUAUUUAUGCAAACAACAAAUUCCACAAACCGGAAAUCCAGCACUGCGAGCAGGUAUCUACUACCGUCUUAUUCUUCGUCAAUCAUUGUUCGGCAGAGAAUCAGGCUCGAAUAUGAAUCUUGGGGGAACUAUGCAACAGAGCAGUUUCUUUGGACAAAGUGCAUCACAGGCAUGCCCUGGAACACCGGAAUCGUAUGCUCGUUGCGAUGCACAAAGUGAUUACUUUCUUGACGAAAUGAUGAGAUGGCUCCAAGAAGGUGUCGCUGGAGCAUCGAUGUUCCGCGCUGACGCGGCGCUGGUCGUCACCUGGCACAACACGGCUUCGGCCAUCGCCGGGCGAUCCGACAUCGACGCUGGCCAAAGUGCCACCUAUCAGGCAAUUUGGCUUACGGAUCAGCCGGGUCGGCUCUCUUACGUCAUCUUCAACUACGACCGGCUUGGCUUCGAUGCACAGGACUUUCGCGCCAAUUCUAGAAGUGGACGUUGUCGAGCUCUGUUCAAUGGAGGAAAUCAUACCGGCAUUGUGGAAGUUGAUCCAACACAAGCGUACAAGAACACUCCAAAGGUGCUCGCACAACGUUCAGGUGUGCCACAUGUAGUUCGAGGACGUUAUAUGUUCCGCGUUGACGACGUCGUUCGACCGGCCGGAUGCAGUAAUAAAACUGGAGGAACAUAUCCGAUAAUGAUCUAUCCGAAUAUUGUGAACAUGCUUGGUGAGAUGACUGUAGACGUUAACGCAAUCUGCUUGGAUCGUAGUCAAACGUACAUAUUGAUGAUAGAAGAAAGAGAGGUGGCUACCUGUAAUGUGCUGAACGCCGCGAUCGCUCGUUGCAAUCUACCAAAGAUCUACGACUGGGGAACAAAAACCGUGUAUUUUCAGCCUCAAUCAAGAGGGGCCAAUGACGACAAAGCAUUUGUUGGAUAUAUCUAUUUUGUGCCUCCGACCUUAGAUCCACAACGACUGGAUAUAGGCAACAUCUACGAAUGGUAUAAAAAUCCGAUGCCGAGUUAUUUGAUGCCAAUUACAUGGUAUCCAAGGAACUUUACAAAUCCGGAAUUAUUCAACAAUCUUAAUCAAGUCGGCACAAGAAUCUCAGACGACGCGCUUUAUGGCGUUCAGCUUGGCCUUUAUGUGAUUGGAUACAGGGAGUACAAGGACGAUGAGAUCAAGAAGUUUCGUCCGGAACAUCGUACACUCGCACGUUUGGCUACCUACACAAAUCGGAACAGUUAUGAAUAUCGAUGGAAACCACAGGAAGAGGUCAUAAACCUAAACCAAGUACAACAAUGGUAUCUAACUGAUUGGGAGCGUUGGAAUACACUUUACACCUACCGAGUUGGCUAUCUGAAGUUGGCACCUAUAAGACCGAAUGACAUGAAUGGAACAGAGCUGCUUUCAGGAUUGGUGACGGCACCGAUUUCUCUACAUUGGCUUUGGUCUCCUGAGGACAAUCGUUUUGGCCAGGCUACCUUUUCACAACAGGAAAGGGAUCAACGAACUGAGUUUGUUUCACAAAAAGCUAGAGAAAUGUGUCACGAUUGGUUCGAUGAGGAUGGAGCGCUAUUCAACUUUAUCCGCGAUACGGAAACGAAUUCGAGUUGCCCUUGCAUCGAAACGCAAGCACGUUUGGACCUCGGUCGGUUCAUGCCACAUCCAAGGUGUUCUCAGACAUUCCGUGACAUCACGUGCACAUCAGUCAUUGGCUCGAAAAAUUGCUACAUGUCAGCACAAAACAUCUAUGGAUCGUAUGCCGGUGAUGGAAACACUUUCGACAAUAUGGAUACCUCACGUUUCAUGACUCAUUACGGCCAAGUGUGUUGUUAUGACGAGUCAGGAUACCUUAUGCAAACGCCUUAUCAACCAGUCAUCAAAACUCAGAAGGAGUAUUUCUACAAUCCUGGUUAUCCGCUGAGAGCAUACGAAUUUGGCACACCACCCUAUAUGGGACAGUUUGAGGUGCCUGGUCUUUCCGUGUUCCAUAACGACUAUAUGCCCUACUUUCUGUGCUGUAAAUUUGCCGAUUUUCGAUGCCAAAUGUUCUAUUGGAGACGUCCGUCAUCUGCCUGUCAGGAGUAUCAGCCCUCUGCAACCGGACAAGUGACUGGUGCUGGUGUUUUCAAUACUAUUGAUAACGAUAAGUUCAUAUUCAAUGAACCUGGUGUCUAUAACUUCCUCUACAUACCGAAAACUGUGCGAACGCCGGAAGUGCGUAUUCAAGUGCGCAUGGAAAGAUAUCCUAACAGAAAGGUAGAUUUUGGACUACUAGGUCGAUAUAUUUCUCAAGCCGAGCUGGUACAGCCUACAAAUGCCACUGUAAUAACUGGCAUUGCUCUGGAGGCUAGUGGCACCGAUAGAGUCCACGUUGUAGCACGAAAGGAUACACGACGCUUCCGUUACCGUACUGAUAUCAUUGUUGGCAAUAUUCUCAGAUAUUUCGAUACAAUUAGGUUGCAAAGGUUUAAAGGGGUACUCGUCUAUGUAAACAACGUCGAGCGUGGUCAACCGGAAAUUUACGUCGUUCUCGAAGAGGCACACAUCGGUGUCAGAAUCCGUGAGAGCUAUGCUUUAGACAUCGAUAGAUUGGCGAUGUACCAAGAAAGCAUGGGUAUGCUGGAUGUUCAGCUGGCAGUACCACCACAAUAUGGAGUUAGACCUGAUGGCGACAAAACGCGUGAAACAGAACAGCGUCAACGUUACGACCUUCCACGCAUCAGCGGACUUAUGAGGCCGUUUCCUGAUCAGACUAGUGCCUCUGUAUUUCAAGGCCUCACCCUCAACGAUGUGAACUCAGAAACAAUACGACAGCAAAUUAUUAAUAACUAUCGCAUUGUUGGCUCAGGAGAACCGGGGUCUGAACAAAAUCCCGUAGGCACACUAUCACAAGGGCUGCCAUCGGACAACAUGUUCACCACAAGCAAGGACGAGGACAAAAAGUUUGAUGUUUUUCCAGAGGCAAACCUUCGUUCUGGACCCAUUUAUAAAAUGGCUCCAAUGUAUGAUGUCGGUCAGUAUCGAUUCGACCCACAAACGGGGGUGGACAUCAAUCAAGAGCUUAGCAACUGCCGUGGUUUGCAGGAAGAUAUAAUGCCUUUAGUGAACCUGCAACCGUUCCAAAGCGCCAUGAAUCUACAGUACGGUCUGCAACGCUGUCCCGACGACGCCUCGUCGAUCAUCAGCGACUGUGGCGACAGCGUGCCAUGUCUAUACAACUAUGCGUUGCUGCAGUCUAAGGUGCUGGCCUUUGAAGAACAAGACGCUUGGAACAGUUUUGCGACGGAACGAAUGGAUGCUAUCAGACAAUACAAUAGUUGUGGCGCGAUUAACAUCGAGUAUCCUGAAUACAUGAUGAAGACGCCUGCGCUGGCGCCAGGCUAUCUUCAAGGUGAUGUUGCUCGUUUUGGCUGCUAUCAGACACAUUGGGUCAAAGGUGACAACGAAUACAAAUGUGGUAUUGUGGUGGAUUACAAUAAUCCAAAUUCGUAUCGCUUUGAGUGGAACAAAGGUUCACAGCCAUGGUGCCGAUCCAGGAUUAAAGAGAACUACUUCAAGUGGAUUACUGUCAUCUUUAGUAUCGUUGGGAUUAUCAUGGCAAUUAUGGUCGUGUUCCUACUGUUUUGGUGCAUUAAACAGAGAAAAUUACAAGAACAACGCCAGUACAAUUAUCAUGCUGAUGCGGUACUUUUAUUUUACGAUGUUCUAACUUUUAUUUUCUGUCUAUUCUAUCUUUCGUUGCAGAGUGAGAUGUGA